UCUAAGUCACUUUUAGUGGUUGAAAUGUUGAACAAGUGUCUUACAGAUUUUGAAGUCAUGUUACUUUUAAAACUGCUAAUAAUGUGUUGUCCUUUUCAAGUAUAUUUCGAUAUUUCAGCAAAUGGCUAGGGCUUUUGAGUUUAUCAAAGACAUCACUGACCGUAAGGAUCUAUGGAAAGUAGCUGUCAAAGUGAAAGAUAAAUGGAGUGCUACCAAAGAUGGGAAGGAGUACUUUGAAAUGGUUGUGGUAGAUGCAAAGGGAGAUGAUAUCUUUGUCUUAGUUCCAAACGAGUUGAAACAGAAAUUUGAAAAUGAGAUUCCUAUCAUUGUCAAAAACACUUACACUAUGCAGAACUUUCAAGUAUCAAAGAAUGAUGACCAAUUCAAGCCAUCACACCAUGAAUUCAAGUUGGGGUUCAAUGGUGGUACAUUAGUUAAUGAUGUCAAUGUUCAUGAAAUUGCUGACCCUGUUACAAAGUUCAAAUCUUUUGUGGAUAUUAUUAAUGGGAAUUUUCGUGAAGAUUACUUAUAUGAUAUCAUUGGAAUGGUAGAUGAACUAGGUUUUCAACAACCUAAUCAUGGAAACAGGAAAGUUCAAUCAAACUUUUUUCUUCGAGACUUAAGCAACAAUCUGAUUAAUUGCACUCUGUGGGAAAACUAUGCGAUGAAAUUCUUCAAUGUACAGAACAAAGCAAAUGAUGGUCCAAUUAUUGUAUUCAUGAAAUAUGCCAAGAUUAAAGCUCAAGGCAAAUAUGCCUUGAACAUUUCAAACACCUGGAGUACUACGAAGCUUUUCAUCAAUGAUGAUGUUCCAGAGAUCAUUGAAUUCAAAAAAUGUUUAGCUGCUGGUAUUGAAAAUGGAACAAUUAAUGCUGUUGCUGAGACUCCAUCUCAAAUGAGAUCUCAAUCAAGUGGAGCAACACAAUUUGUUCCAUACACACCAGAGCAGAAAUUCUAUUACAAUGCUGAAGUCAUGCCUCUUAGCAAAAUUGUCCAACUACCUCAGGAUGCUAAAUGUGUCACAGUCAUUACCACAGUCAAGAUUAAACCCAGUAGAGGUGGUUGGUACUAUCUUACCUGUUUUAAAUGCCCAAAACAGUGUUUUGGAGUAGCUCCUCCUUAUAAAUGUGGAGAUGAUCAUGAAACUGAGACUGAGAUCAUAAGGUACAAACUGGAUGUUGAGGUUGCUGCUGGUGAUGUAAAGGCAACUUUUGUCUUUUGGGACCGUGAAUGUGCUCAAAUAUUGGGAAUUAGUGCCGCUGACCUUCGUGCUGAAAUGCUUGCGCUUGGAAUAAAUGAUCCUUUGAGUAAUCCAGUAAUAAUGGAUGACAUUGCUGGCAAAACUUUGGAUGUUAAGCUUAAGUGGCAAGCUAAAUGGAAAACUGGGUCUGUCAUUGGUAUUCAUGAAAGUCCUGAAUUUGCCCUGGACAUUCAAUCUCAAUUUCCAGCUGCCAAUGUUCCUCAAGGAAAGUUGCAACUACCUGCAAAAGAAGCCAAUUAUGAGGUGAUGGACAAUACUUCUGCUGAAUCUUCUCAGAAAUCUGACAACAUUAUUUUUCCAACGGUUUCUUUGUCUGCCUCUGAUGAAGUGGAUCCUGACAUAAUUGAUAUGAGUACACCACCAAAGCGCUUAGGAAAACAACUUCAAUCUCCCGCUGAAAUCGAUGUUGGCUCUGUCAUAGCAUCAAAAGCUUCUUCCACAAAGAUGCUCAAGAAACCUAAGAAGGAAUAGCUGCUUCAACAAGUUUAAUGUUUCACUAUAUGGAAGAUUUUACAUGUUGUUUAUUUAGCCAUUUUGCUGGGACAAACUUUUACCUCCUAUUGCUAGGUUAUUAAAUCUUUUGUGUUGUGGUCAUAUAAUUACAUUAUUUCAAGGAUAUAUUUUAUGACCUAUAUUUUGGAUGUAUUGUAAUGUGUUGCAUCU